UUACUUUGCCAUAUUGAAGCCGAAGGCGAAAAACAAGCAAAAUGUUAUGUGGGCUUCUUUAGGAAGCAUGGUCGAUACAUGUUCGGUACAAUGCGAAUCCAAGUCAAUACUAAUUCGGCAAGUUGUCGUGUAAAUAUACACACAAAGCGAGAAGGGCGGCCGGUAAUGCGGACGACAGGACAAAACAUUAGAGAAAACCCUUCGAAUUGAAAGGCGUUCAAAACUAUAAGGUUAAAGGGGCUGAAAAAUACUAUCGAACUCGGAGGAUUAGGGUAUGGAAGUAAAUUUAUGCCCUUCGUACAGUUUUGGACAAGCUUCGUGCAGUAUUGACAGCGAGAUCGAGAGCGCGUUCAACCGAGAGGAAACCUUAGAAGUCGUGGAACUCGGGCUAGACCAGUGUGUGGCGGUGGUUUGUUGUGAGGAUGGAGAAACGGAAUACACUACGGUUACUUCAGAAAUCAAAAGCAAUUUUCCACAGAGAACUGAUAAUAGAGAAUCGUCAUUGACACAGUAUGACAGUCCAAAAAUAGACGAGGAUUCUAAAUCAGAAAGCCCGCCCAAAAGGGAUCAUCAACAAUCACCAUCAACAAUGUCAAUAAAAAAAUUCAAGCUAUGGUCAGAAGAACAAAUGAGAAUGGCGAUUGAACAUGUUCUGAAUGGGAUGAAAAUUCGGGCAGCUGCUGAAAAAUUUAAGGUUCCUAGAUCUACCCUUGGUGAUAGACUUUUGAUGGCAAAAUAUGGUUGUCGCAAAUUAGGGGUAAAGCGAUACACUCAACAACACAAACCUGGCCUGGGAGUGGAAGAAGAUAAAUAUGAUGGAAAUAUCGAAAGGACAUCAGCUUCUGUUGAACAAACUUUGACAAAUGAACCGUUACUUGUACCAAAGCAAUCAUUUUUUAGUAAUGGUUCCAUUGACUCACCGCUACAAACUUCUAAGAACACUGGUGAUGAUAGAACUAGCACCCCUAAUGAUCCAGAAACAUCGUCGUCUGGCCCAAACAAGCCUCACCUAAUAAAACUUAUACAUGAAACAUCUUUAAUGCCUCUUCAGCAAUCUGAUGCUAGUUGCUUGGAAAGAAAUGUAAAGGCGCCAAUAACUGUUGACAAUCUGAUGAAAAGAAAGGCCCAAGAGGUAAAUGACUCUCCUGAUGUACCUAAGAGAAUAAGGUUGUGGAAGGGGGAUGAUAUGAAGGCAGCAAUUCAUGCAGUAACUAAAAAUGGUAUGGCUGUAAGAACAGCUGCAAAGGCCUAUGGCAUUCCUAGGACUACUCUGAAGCAAUAUAUUUGCAAGGACAAACAAGAAUCACAGUCUGCCUUGACUUUGAAAAAAUGGUCAGAGGAGAAAAUGGAACAAGCUCUUGUGGCAAUAAAAACAGAGGAUAUGCCCAUCAGGGUGGCAGCAAGGAAAUUUCAGAUCCCUAAAAGCACUCUCUAUGACAGAGUGAACAGGGGCGAUGAAAGCAUCGACCAAAAAAUUGUGGGUGUAAAACUUGAGCAUGAAGAUGAAGAAUUAAGAAGUAAUAAUAAAAGUGCCAAACUGGUAGCUAACAACAGUGAAAACAAUAUGGAAAAGGAAAAUAUAAACAUGCAUUCCUCUGCCAUUGAUUCUAAAAUCAGUGAGAAGGUCAAAGACUACAUUAGUGAUGAAAGCUUGACAGACUUGGAUAAUUCACAGAACAAAAGUUCCGUCACUGUCCAUGGAGAUCUGAACAUGUCUGACAAUUUACUGGCUGUGAGCCCACCCCCUAGCAAAGAAGCAGAACCUAAAAGUGUACAUGGUGAACAACUUUCAGACAAUUUUAUGGAAGGCUCAUUGGGUGAUGACAGUCAUAAGACUGUUAAGGAAAAGUGUCCAAAUUAUAUAACCCCAGCACAGCAUUCCAAGAAUGAUAAUCAUUCUCCAUCGUUUGGCACUUCCUCUGCUGCAAUCUGCAAUCUUCAAGGUUCAAUAACUGCUGACAGUCCAUGCUCAUUAUCUGCACCUUCCCUUCCACUAGUACACAAUGAGUUACCAGUCAUUAGUAGUGUGUUUUCACUAAGUAAGCUUAACAUGCACAAAGAGCCUGGGAAUGAACCAGCUGAAAACAAAGAUUUCAUACAGUUAACUUUCAAGGGGGAGAGAAAGAGGUGGACUGAGUUCUCAAUGCAGAAGGCAGUGAAUGAAGUACUGAAUGGGUCUUGUAUCCGUGUUGCAGCCUCUAAAUAUGGUGUGCCAAGGUCAACCUUAGGUGACCGCGUUUUAACAACACGUAGAAACAAGUGCUUGCCAAAGAAAAAAGUGAAUAUAAAAGCAGUUGUAAUUAAGGAGGAACCAAAUCCAUCUAAAAUAGAAAGCACCAAUCAGUUGGGAGGUAGAAUGUCAAGUGAAGCAUCUUGUGAUAAAUCCUCCCCAGGAGAGCACACUGGCAAUAAGAGUCCUGACCUGACAAGCCACACUAUAUGCUCACCAUGUGAGUUUAAUGAUGACAAGAGAGGUGCUAUGACCGGUAACUCUACAUGCUUUACAGAUGGGUAUAAUGGUGACAAGUGUAAAGACGCAACAAGUGACUCAUCAUGUUCUUGGGAUUCAGGGAACAAUACUUGCUUCCAAGAAGAAAGUAGAAAAUCAGGCCAGCUCAAGAAAAAGCUGAAAAAAUGGUCAGAGGAAAACAUGGAAAGAGCCAUUGAUGCAGUUGAACGUGGGAUGCCAGUGAGGCUUGCUUCAAAACAGUUUCAUAUUCCUAGGACAACACUUACAUGUAGACGGCUCAGACGAGAGAACCGUAAAGUUCUAGGUCCAUCCCCACACCUCACAAGAGAAGAUGAAGAUCGACUAAUCAGCUUUAUCAAUCACUGUGUUAGCUUUGGAUUCAAGAAUUAUAACAAAGUGACUAGGAUGCUGGCAGGGGAAGCCGCUUACUGGUACGGUACUUGGAAUCUAACUCUAAAUGGCCUUCCCUCUGAGGAGUGGUGGGAUGCGUUUUGUCACAAAAACAAACACAGCUUACAGAAAGCAGUACUGGCAAAGUCUCCUGUUGAUCCCUCUCAAACAGAGAUUGACAUGUGCAUUAACUCAUUUUUCAACAAAUUUCAUACAGUGCUAGAAGGUAGUGAGUUUCACAAAACUUCGCUUGUUGACUGUGCAGAACACAUCUUCACUGUCUGUGAAUCCAAGUUUGAUGUUCAUCUGAUGUGUGCAGGGAGCUCAGACAAUUUUGUUCCAAAGCUCCCUAGCUGUGACAGAUUUGUCUCUACCAUUUGCUGCGUGAGUGCUUCUGGUACCAGUAUGCCACCCAUGUUUAUAUACCAUAGUGUUGAUGGAAAACAAGCUAUGAACGCUAAGGGGCCAGCCGGCUCCAUUCACUUUGAUCACAAGGUUUAUGAUUUCUCAAGGCAAGGAAUUGACUUUUACUUUCCAUGGUUUAAAGAUAUUUUCCUGAAGAAUGCACCAAAUGUCAGACCUCUAGUCCUCUUAGUUGAUCCAAACAUGGCAUUUAUCACACCAGAGCUUAUCAAGCUUGCGCAUGAGAACAGGGUCAUCCUUCUUUGCCUUCCAGAGCUGUUCACUCACAUUGUACAACCCAUAAGCCUUACCGUCCUCCCAGCCCUAAGAGGAGGGUUCCUGUUUUCACCCUCGUGUCCCAAAGAUGUGACCUUUGGUAAUUUCUCAGAGUGUUUCAGUUCUGCAUGGUCCUUCAGUGUGAACUCUUCUCUCAUAAAGGAAGGGUUCAAACAAGCAGGAAUUUGUCCUUACAAGAAAAAGAAAUAAGUUUUAAGCUUUCUCUUAACAACUGUACUGUAGAUAGGAUUUCAGCAUGAGUUCACAGUGAUUGAACAAGUCAUUCUUACCCAGACAAGUGCAUGUGGAACAAUGGCCCAUAGAUAUCAGCAGGAGUGGGGUGAGG